AUGAACAAUGGUGUAUGCACAGACACUAUUCGCAGUUACAUCUGUACCUGUCCUGUAGGAUAUAAAGGAAAGGAGUGCAAGAUGGCGGUAAAUGAAUGCCAUCCUGAUGCAGAAGAUGGAUGCCAGCAUUUCUGUGAACCUAGAUAUGGACUUGACUUUUACACCUGUUCCUGUGCAGCUGGCUACAAGCUUGGUGAAGAUGAAAAGUCCUGUCAACCAACAGGCAAGUCACACCAAAGGCACAUAGUACAUAGUGAUACUCAUUCAAGGAUGGCAGUUCUAAAUAUGAGAAUUAAGGCAUGGAUGGUUCUUCUCCUAAAUGCAGAAGAGACUCAACACUGUAGUGGCGUUAUAAUCAGUCAGUCUCUAGUGCUAACGACUGCAAAAUGCACAGAACAGCAUAGACCUCCAUUUGUGAUUGCCGAAAAUAAGCAAAAGAUAAAAGUAGAGGGCUAUCGUGUCCACUCUAAAUAUUCUAAGCAUACUGGAGACAACAACAUAGCCUUAGUGAAGCUGCAAGACAGUAUCAAGUUCCACAAACAUGCUUUACCCAUUUGCAUUCCUCAGAAGGACUUUGCUGAGAAUGUGUUAAUGCCACGUAUAUCGGGUACCGUGAGUGGGUGGAAGCUUCCCUCCAACAAAACUUUGGAAAUACAGCCUUUUCAAUUCUCUGCAACAGAAACUAACAAAGAACACUGUGAGUCGACUUUCAAUGUAACACUAUCAAAUCGAUUGUUCUGUGGGAAAUCAAAGAGCAGUAUGGAUUCUGCUAUAGUGGAUGGGAGCCAUUUUACCAUUGAACACAAGGGUGCCUGGUUCUUGAUAGGUAUAAUGGGCACAAAUAAUACAGAGGCCAGCAGCCCAAAUGUAUUUUUAUUUACUAAAAUCUCUAGAUAUAUAAUGUGGUUAGUACAGAACAGUGGAUAA